CGUUCGAGGCCGGUACCGCUUGUCUUUUUUGUUGAGGCGUUGCAGAGGAUCCAAGGCCGUCCUGAGGAGACCGCAGCUCUUAUUCAGACAUAGAAGAGAGUUGAUUUAACGACAAUGGUGAACGUACAUUCAUGUUUGGUGGAGAGAACCGUGAGCUGGUCGGCCCACGCUGAACCGUCCCCGGCGUCAGGACGGCGGUAGCUCGGCUUUGCUAGCCCCGCAGUGUCGCUCAAAUCUCAGCUUGAGAAUCCCCCACGUUGCCCGGUCAGCCUCGGAAGAGCACUAGGGAAGCUGAGACGAGCACAUCCGGGAUGCUGAAGCUGUGACCGUAACGGUCCCUCCUCCAGGACCGCACCGGUGCCGGGAUCGAGGCAGCAGCAUCCUCAGGAGCUGCAUGGACACGCACAGGCAGCAUCCGUGGCCGUGACGCGCCGCCUCCCCGGGAUGCUAGCGAGGAGGAAGAGUCUCUGACAUGAAGACGAGGCUGGCGUGUCCUCUGGGUGCUGCGCUGACAUUGUCCCCAUGCCACAGACGCUGACUCGACCGUGCCGACAUCGUCAUGUACGCGGCUGGAAGUGUGGAGCUCCAGCCCGGUGGAUGACACUCAGCCAGGUACCGGCGGGCCGGCGCGGGGCCAACUUCCCCGGGUAGUGACCGCACACUUGGAUGUGAGUUUACUAGCAGCUAGGCGGCUAACAGGACCAGAUCCACCGAACCCAAUGUUGUCCCACAAGAUUCUAGUGGCCAUCCUCUUGUUAAACGUCUACGUAGGCGUGCAGUCCGUCUACUAUUUGUUCGGCGGCGUCCUCUUAUCUGUGGUGUUCGCCAUGGCAUUUUUAAAUGGACCGCGGCUGCUGGACUGGGCCAGUUCACCCCCGCAUCUUCAGUUCAACAAGUAUGUUCUGACUGGGUACCGACCCGUCUCCUCCGUGCAGGACUGCAUCAGAAGCCUCUUCUACCUGCACAACGAACUUGGAAACAUCUACACCCACGGCAUCCCUUUGCUUUGCUUCCUGGUGCUGCUGCCGCUCAACAUCCCCUGGUCCCAGAUCAGCGUGACGUGGCUGGGCGUGGUGCACUUCCUGGCCUGCCUGUCACCCCAGCUGGGCUCGGUGCUCUACCACCUCUUCAUGAACCACGAGGGGGGCGAGCCCGUCUACCACACCCUCCUCAAACUGGACGUGUGCGGGAUUUGCAUGAUCAACACGCUGGGGGCGCUGCCGAUCCUCUACAGCACGCUGCUGUGUUACCCGCUGAUCCGCACGGUGGCGCUGGCCGUCUACAUCCUGCUCUCCAGCCACGCCAUCUACUGCGCCGUCACGGCCCGCAGCAGCGUGCGCCGCCUGCGCUCCUUCGCCUGGCAGGCGCUCUUCCGCUUCUCCUUCUUCCUGAUGCGCUGGGUGGGCGUGGGCGGCGGCAGCCCCACCUCGCUGCGCCACUUCCUCACCAUGGACGCGCUGGCCGUGCUGGGCGGAGUCAUCAACAUCGCCCGCAUCCCCGAGCGCUUUCGCCCGGGCCUCUUUGACUACUGGUGCAACAGCCACCAGAUCAUGCACGUGCUGGUGGUGGGCUCCAUCCUCUACCUGCACUGGGGGGUGCUGGACGACCUGCUGUGGAUCAACAGCUACAACUGUCCCUCGGACUGACCCCCGCCCACCCCCCGGCAGCAGAGAGGGGUGAGCUAGCAUGCAAUUCAGGAUGUUCACGCCUCUGUAUGUGGAUGUUCUCACAUGUAACAAGUAGACACUGUAAAGUUUUACUGCUGAGCUUCCUUAGGAAGUUCCUGUUAGA